AUGCGUCUGUCCAAGGUGCUGAUGGGCAGGGGCAGCAGCCUCAACAUCCUCUACUUGGAUACCUUGGAAGCCAUGGGGAUUCCACGAGGCUGCUUGCGGGAUUCCCCCUUCCCCUUCUACGGCAUCUUGCUGGGCAUGAAGACCUACCCGGUCGGCAACAUCGACUUGCCGGUCACUUUCGGUAGCAAGACCAACUUCCGCACCGAGACCCUCACGUUCGAGGUGGUGGACUGGAAGGGGAUAUACCAUGCUCUCCUUGGGCGCCCCGCCUACGCCAAGUUCAUGGCGAAUGGGGUCAUCACCAUGAGCUGCUCCUUCGAGCAAGCCAACGUCAGCAGCCGCGAGUACUACGAUCUCGCCAUCACCACGGCGAACUCGGCCAAACUUGGCCAGCUUCGCACCACCACCGCCGAGUGCUGCCCCGACCCUAGCAAGCCUAGCCAGGCACCCGCCUUCGUCUCAACCGAUGAAACCAAGACGGUCGUGGUCGACGAUGCCGACCCAACCAAGACGGUGCGGAUUGGCUCCCAGCUGUAG